CAGACAGUAAGUAAUUUGGACAUUUACCAGAGGUAACAUGUAGAGUAUAAGUCGUUCUCAGAAAAAAAAAAUGGUUAACUGAUGUUACGUUUUCAGUCAUAUAAAUUAAUACAUUAGAAUGCGGAGGGACCGGGUUAUUUUACUUUUGGUAUCCCCAGUGAUUCCGGUAACGGUCCACCUCACAUCGGGGUAAUGGCACCGUAACCGUUCUGUGGAAUUUACCAUUCACUGAACAGUUAAAAAACGAAUGUUGGAUCCCCCUCCUGUCUGCCUGCUGCCAACUCUACUGACAUUUGUUUCAGUAAAGGAACCUCUCAGUUAUUAGCCAGGAAGGGAUGUACAUAUUAUUUGUGUGUACAAAUGAGAGAGAGGGAAGAGGAGAGACACAGAGUUAAAAAAGCUGGAGUUGGGGCAUCUGAUCUAGCGGCUGCUGCGUUAAAUAUAGCCAUGUCUGGUGUAACGACAAGAUUUAAUGGGAAAUGACUGGCAUUCUUCUUUUCUAAAGGCACAGCAAGUUAAAGACAACCUAAAGGGAGUUUGACAGUAAGAGAUUUUCACAGCCAGAAUCUCGAGUUGAAACUGAAACGCGUCUCUUCACCAGGAUGGUGCUACUUAUGACUGCUUUAGGAUUUUACUUCCAGAUUUUUAUCUGCUUCGUGUUGCCCCAGUCUCAUUUUAUAGAAAAUGCGUUCCAGUUUUCACCAGAAUUCCCUCAGUUUAAAGAGAACUGCAAUGGCAAAGUCUGCUGUGUAUUGAUUCCACCACCUCCACCACUAUUUCCACCUCCAGCAUUGUGGAACUUUAAAGGCAUUGAACCUUUUGAAGAUUUUGAGGACAACUCAUGUAUAAUACCUACAUGUGUACCAGGUCCACCUGGUCCCCCUGGGCCUCCAGGCCCCCAGGGUCCACAAGGCAUUGCAGGUAUGGUGGGACCAAAAGGUGAAAAAGGUGAGAUUGGCAGGCCAGGCAGAAUGGGUAGACCAGGACCUCCCGGCCUCCCAGGAUUGCCAGGACCAGUUGGCCUGCCAGGACCAAUGGGGCCUAAGGGUGAAAAGGGUGAUCCGGGAUUAAGAGGACCGCCCGGACCAAGAGGACCAGUGGGCCCCAAGGGAGAAACUGGAAGUAAGGGAGACAAGGGAGCCAAAGGUGACAUUGGUGAACCUGGACUUAAGGGAGAUCAGGGAGAUAUGGGCCUUCCUGGAAUGUUGGGACAAAAGGGAGAAAUGGGCCCAAAAGGAGAACCUGGGGUGCCAGGGCACAGAGGACCUACUGGCAGACCUGGUAAACGAGGGAAAAUGGGGCAAAAGGGUGAAUCUGGUGCUACUGGCAACAGGGGACUUCCUGGGCCAACUGGACCUACUGGUCGUCCUGGCCCACCUGGGCCUCCAGGACCAGGGCAUAACAGAAUUGGACCAAAAGGAGACAAAGGCCAUCCAGGGCCACCAGGAAGAUGUUACUGUAAUUCUCCUCAAACUAUGAACAAUCCACCAUAUGAAGAUACAGUAUUAGAGGCAAACUUUCCAAAGGUUCCUGUGAUUUUUGUAGUGAAUAAUCAGGAAGAGCUGGACAGGCUAAAUACAGAGAAUGCUCUUGCUUUUCGGAAAGAUCAGAGGCUUCUGUAUUUCAAGGACAAUUCUGGAUGGCUGCCCUUACAGCUCAACCCCUUCCCUUCAGACCAGCCAGGCUUUUGUGGGGAUGGACUGGUACAGGAGGGAGAAGAAUGUGAUGAUGGCAACAAGAUUGUGACUGACAGUUGCAUACAAUGCAAACAUGCUCACUGUGGUGAUGGAUACCGACAUGAAGGAGUAGAAGAAUGUGAUGGAAAAGACUUUGGUUUUCAAACAUGUAAAACCUAUCUUCCUGGGUCAUAUGGUGAACUUAAAUGCACUGCAUAUUGUUACAUUGAAUCAACAAAGUGCCGAUACUUUACAUGAAGGAAUACAAAAUGCAGAAGGUGCCCCACCAAGGGCACCAUAGGUGCUAACAUACAAUCAAUGGGACUGGGCUAUACACCAAAUGAUGUUUAAAAAGUUAUCUUGCUGCUGAAAGCUCUUUGAAAUUUCUUCACACGUUCAGAGGAACAUAGGACCACUGCAUCCUGUCUUAACAGAAAAGGCUGACAAAACUGCUGGUUAGACCUGUUUUAAUGGCUGCAUAUGCCAAUGGCAUGUUAUUCAAAGAACAUAAACCCACUGAACUAAAACACUGGAAGGGAGAAUUUCACUAGGCAGGAAUACUGUAUAGUAACACAAUAUUACCUCGACUACCACUGUUAUAGCUAUCGACUGUUCAGGGUUUUUUAACUAUCUCAAGUAAACACAAAGCAUAUUCUGAGUACUGUGUUUCUAGGGAGUAUUUACUAUUUUACUAUAAUGUGAAAUUAUUAAUGUAUUCGCAUGAAAUAUUUGUUGACAGAGCAUCAGAGAUGUGGAAUUGACUCACUGAGUGAGUUCAACAGAUCCAGAUUAUGCCUUGGGAAAUAUUCAGAAAAUCAGGGAGAGGGAUAUCUAUGGACUGACCUGCUUUUGUUUUGGAUGAACACGGGUGUGUGCCUUGUGAAGUUAACUAUUACAUGGACUCUGAGGCCAACUUCAUUACCUUUGGGGCUUAAUACUGUACUUGGCAUACAGCUGUAGUAUGGUAGAAAAUUUAAGUAAAGUAACUGUAAACUGACAAUGGUUCUGUUGUAGUUAGUGCAUGUCCUGUAUAUAUAUGCAUUCAGUAUAUGUAUCAGUCUCAUUGUCAUUUCUUGUUGUUUAUUGAAAUGUGAAAGUAUAAGCUUACAGGUCUGUCACAACUGAAACACACAAAAAUGUCGCAUAUCAUUUUUUCACCAGUUCAUCCCAUGUUCCUAUUUUCUGUUUUUACAUAUUGCCAUUUUCACCUGCUUCAUUAAUUUUUCUGUGAUAAAGCAUUUCCUGUACCUCACAACUGACACUCCAUUUCACUUUCUAGAAAAAUCACUGCAUGCAAUCCUUGCCAUUUAAGUAUUGCAAAAGACACAGAAAUUGUGUACCAUUCAAGUGAAUAGUGAAUAGAUGAAGAAUAUUAAUGGAUGACAUUGCACCUAUGCCCGUAUUUGUUUGCAUAAGUAAUGUUCACCCCAAUUCUGCCAGUUAACAAUUACUAGUCAGUACUUCAGAACAGAUUGUGUAUAAUUGGUUAAAAUAUAAUGCUUCGAGUCCAGAAACGUUGCCUAAUUAUUGUAUUUCAUGUUCCAUAUAAAUAAUUUAAAAUGUAAACAGUAUUUUACUUUAAUGUAGUAAAAGUCUAUUUUAACUGCAUUAGUCAGCACAGAAAACAGACUUCCAGUAGUAGAAUACUUUAUGUUUUUUCCCUGGGGUUCAGGAAAGGCCCACUUUGAUGCAGAAGUCUUAUCUCAGAACGUUUCCAUAUCGCAGUAAGACUUCCUAAUUUUUAGACCAGUUUGCAGCUGAGGUUUUCCCCUCACAGGAGCUUUACCAAGGAGAACAGUUUCACUGGGGAAGCUGAAUGCUAAUAUGACAUUCUGGUGGAGUGGCUAAUGCUAAUUAGCAAUGUACUUUCUUGCAGAAAGGUCUACAGUUUUUGAUUUGCUUGGGUGAACAAUUCAGUACAUUUGCUAACUGAAUGCAUAGGCUGCUAGAGAGAAAACUAGUGCAUUCAGGUUUGUUAGCACAGUGUUCGAUUCAGAGACAUGGUAAUGAGUUGCUAAUGAGGAGUUUCUCAGUGCAUCUUUAGCAUGUCUCUGAAUCAGAAUUUUGUUGAUCAGUCAACAUAGGUGAAGAGGAAGUCUGUGAAUCCUAGGUUUUAAUUUGUAUCAUAGAAAAACAUGUACUUGAUCUUUCACUAAGCGCUUAACAUGGGUCUCACAAAUCUCACAAAGUUGUUCAAAAAUACUGUGUAUGUGAUUCAUAGGGGAAAAUAUUUAAAAAUGGUCCUACGUAAAGACAUACCAAGAGUGACUUUUAUUGAAGAACCAUUGUAAAUUUAACAUGACAUCUUGCAAGACUCUUCUAAGAAAAAUGUUUACAAAGAUAGCAGUAUCCAAAAUGUAAGUAAAAUCUGUAAAGGAGUGCUUCUGAAAAGUUUUCUUGUUAUGAUAUGUACUACAACACUCCAAUAACAGUGAAGGGUACAGGACGUUUUGACCCCGGCCGAUUUGACCCCAGCAUUAACAGAUUCCAAAACUAUUUCUGUAAAACUUUAAAUAUACAUAUCUAAGAUUAGUACAGUAUAAAAACAGAACAACAUUUACAGAAUAAAAAAAAUUAAAAACUUCAUAUACACUACAUAAACAUUAAAAUACACUAGAUUGAAAACCGUAACUGACAGUUGUACAUGACAAUAAAAGAUUAAAUCAAAGAAUAUGAGCCAUAAACAAAGAAUGUAUUGUCAGCAUGAAGUCUUGCUAAAAUACCUGCUUGAACUGAUUUUACACAGAGAAUGUAUCGCCAGCAUUAAAUCUUGAGCUCCUUCAUGUGCUACUAUUAUGAGAUGCAAAAUAUGAUGCAUUGUUAUUGGUAAUGCAUAACAAAUCAGCAUACUGAAAACAAUUUAACUAGUGUCACCUGCUGGUCCUCAUUAAAAUAGCAAUAAUAAAAUUAAUGUUUGAGUCAAGACAAUUUGAACUAAAAAAAAGUCACAAAACACUUGUGCAUACAUACAGUUAAUGUCGUGCCAGUCGCACACAUUUAGAAUACCUACAUAGAGCUGCUCACAAUUUCUUAAUGGGCUACCUAAAAAUAAUAAAUAAUAUGUUAACUUCCUAAUUAAAAUUCCAAAUUGAUUUUAUUGUACACUUUAAAAACUGUAAUUAAUUAAAUUAAUAAUAUUUACAUAUUAAAUAAUAUGUUAAAUAAAUUAGCAUUUACAUAUUAAAAUGUUAAAUAAUAUAUUAAAUUGCUAUGUAAAAUUCCCAAGUAAAAUAUUAAGUAAUAAAAUGUUUUUAUUAAAUUGAAAUGGGGUCAAAUAGUCCAGGGUCAAACUGUCCAAUAAAUAUUCUCAUAGGCAAUAAAUGUGAAUUUAAUUCUGAAGUAUAUCCAAUUGCACUGGGGUCAAAUCAUCCAGGGUCAAACUGUCCUGCUUCCACAAUGAAGUAUCCAUGUAAACUCGAAAGAUACUCUGUUCUGUUGCUAGAUAAAUUUCAUCUUCUUGCCUCACAGUGCUGAAAUAUUUUGAUAUAAAAAAACACUUUUACAUUACAUUUAUGGCAACUUUAUUCUGUACAUUUCAGUAAACAUAUAAAAUAACAUUUAAAACAUACUGGAAAAUUUUCAUCAAGGAGCUGAAUGUCUUUUGCUCUAGACUUAUGGCCACCUCACAUGACCAGUUGAUGUCAAUAUUUAAAGUGCAUGGUGUAUCAUAUACAAUUCAGUACAGAAGAGACUGAAGAAGUUUUAGCAUACCUGGACUGCAGUGCUAUUGACACAAAAAAGUUUGAUGAAAUGAUUUACAAAUCUUUUACUUGGUGCUUACAGGUACUUCACCAACUGCAUGUUCAUCAUACUGGAAUUAACAUACAAAAUAAAGUCAGUUGAUAUGUAA